CUUCGGGGGUCUACAGCUGGAGUGUUUUUGGAGCUUUGUUCUCCCACACCGCUGGAGGAACAGGAUCAGCAGAACUACAGAAGAAAUUAAAGUAUUACAACUCUUCUCUUGAAAUAUACCACCGCCAACAACCAGGAAAAUUUACAAAGAUCAAUGGUAAACUGCUGAAAGAGGUGAAGCACAAGGCAUCCAUAAGAAUCUCCAGUACCUGCAAAAGUUGUUUGCUACAUCUCACAGAAAAAUGAAGCCAAUUCCAGGCAAGAAGACAUUUCACCACUCUGGAAAGGGUUUUACUCCAGAGAGUGAUCUCAAACAACACCAGCGCAUUCACACAGGAGAGAAACCGUAUCACUGCUCAGACUGUGGGAAGAGUUUUAGUCUAAUGGAUACACUCAAAAGACACCAGCGCUUUCAUUCAGGAGAAAAACCAUAUCACUGUUCAGACUGUGAGAAGAGUUUUAAUCAACUGAGUGAUCUUAAAAGACACCAGCACAUUCACACAGGAGAGAAACCGUAUCACUGCUCAGACUGUGGGAAAGGUUUUAAUCAACUGGGUAAUCUCAAAAUACACCAACGCAUUCACACAGGAGAGAAACCGUAUCAGUGCUCAGUGUGUGAAAAGUGUUUUACUGCACAGAGUUCUCUAAAAAGACACGAGAGCAUUCACACAGGAGAGAAACUGUAUCACUGCUCAGACUGUGGGCACAGCUUUAAUCGAAAGGGUCAUCUCAAAAGACACAGGUACUUUCAUACAGGAGAGAAACCAUAUCACUGCUCAGACUGUGGGAAAAGUUUUAAUCGACAGAGUACUCUCAAAAUGCAUCAUCACAUUCACACUGGGGUGAAACAGCAUCACUGCUCAGACUGUAAAAAGAGUUUUUAUCGACAGAGUCAUCUCAAAAGACACCAGCGCAUUCACACAGGAGUGAAACCCUAUCACUGCGCUGACUGUGGGCAGAGCUUUAAUCAUCAGAGUUCUUUCAAAGAACACCAGCACAUUCACACUGGGGUGAAACCGUAUCACUGCUCAGAAUGUGGGAUGAGCUUUAGUCGACUUGGUACUCUCAAAAUACACCAACGCAUUCACACAGGAGAGAAACCGUAUCAGUGCUCAGUGUGUGAAAAGUGUUUUACUGCACAGAGUGAUCUCAAAAAACAUGAGCGCAUUCACACAGGAGAGAAACCGUACCACUGCUUAGAAUGUGGGAGGAGCUUUAUUCAUCAGAAUUCUCUUAAAGAACACCAGAGGAUUCAUACUGGAGAAAAACCAUAUCACUGCACGGAAUGUGGGAAAAGCUUUAAUCGAAUGUAUACUCUCAAACUACACCAGCGCAUUCACACUGGAGAGAAACCGUAUUACUGCUCAGACUGUGAGAUGAGUUUCAGGUAUUUAAAAGAUUCAAAGCAGCACAAGUGCACUAGGAAUAACACUCCAUGUCCCAUCGCAGGUCCUAAAGUGGACUGAAGGUGCAAUUUAAGACAAACGGUCUUGUUAUUGGUUGGUUUACAAAUGUAUAUGAGAGUUAAUGAUUAAUAAUCUAUGAUCUAAUAAAAUGGAUUUUUUUUCCUUUGUCAUAA